UCAUAGUUUAUUCACCAGAUGGACCGGAAGCUGUGUUUUUUUUUAACUUUGUUGAGCACACUUACCAGAAUGAGGAAGUUUAGUGCCUCCCACUGCGUGUGUUCACAUGCUGCGACUGCACCGCGACGACGAGACCUCCGAUGGACGUCUACCAGGAGGCUGUGGGAUAUCUCACGUCACAGCAUGUACCAGCUGCAGUCCAAACGGAGACUGAGGUCAUGGAGGAGGAUGUGUUCCAGGAGGAAGCCGAUUCCUGUCCUCUCUCUCCUCUUCAUCCCCAGAGCGUAGACUUCCCCGACACCCCGACGUUAUCCAGCCCCGAGGAAAUGCUAGAGAGGAGGCUCACGGUCCUGAAAUGCAUCGUGGAGAGUGAGGAGGUCUAUCUCAGAGAGCUGGAGGCCCUGCUGAUGCCCAUGAAGGCCCUGCGCGCCUCAGCCGGGACGUCCAAGCCGGUUCUGUCCAGUCAGCAGGUCCAGACUGUGUUCUACCAGGUGCCUGAGAUCAGUGACAUGCACCAGAGCUUCUUCUCGGGCCUGAAGGAGCGUCUGAACGCACACUGCCGCUCUGAGCCCGGCCCCGGGGAGGACGGGCAGAUGAGCUACACCGGCUUCGAGCUGGUGGUGGGGGACCUGUUCCUGAAAAUGGUCAACCAGCUUGGUCUGUACGGUGGUUUCAUUGGAAACUAUGAGGAAGCUGUUCAAGUCGUUCGCAAGUGCACACAGUUGGACCCUCGCUUCCGGACCCUGGCCCAGAGCAUGAUGUCCAACAUCGGCUCGGACAAAACUCGUACCAAAUACACAUUUGAAGCGCUACUAUACAAGCCAUUGGACAGAGUCACCAAGACCACACUUGUGCUGCUUGACCUCCUGAAGACGACUCCAGAAACCCACCAAGACUUCGCACUGUUACAGGAAGCUCUCAGAUUGUCCCGCAGCUUCCUGUCUGGUGUCAACGAGAGUUCACAGAGCAAACGAGGGGUCACGCUCAGUCACGGCAUGAGACGUAAGCUGAUGCGUGACGGCUUUGUGGUGGACGCGAGCGAGGGGGAACGCCACAUGCGUCACCUCUUCCUCUACACCGACCUCCUGCUGUGCACCAGAUUCAAACAUGCAACCAGAGGGAAGCAGGACCAGUACAGGUUCGGCUGGUUUCUGCCCCUCGCUGGCCUCAAACUUCGCUGGGUCUCUGAUCAACAUCGUCCUCCAGACGCACAGCUUCGCCUACACACCAUAAGAACAAAGAUGCACCUCCUACGUCAGCAGCUACGACAACACGCACAGGGGUCCAAGGGUUUGGCUUUUGCAGCUCGUAGCAGAAAGAAACUGGAGCAGGUGGAGCUGAUGCUGCUCACACACUCCCCGGUUUACACACUGGAGCUGCACAGCCCCAGCGGCAAGAGUCACACUCUCCUCCUCUCCUCGCUGUAUGAGCUUGAAGAAUGGAGGGAAGCCAUUCACAAACUCACUACAGACAACAUAGAGACCGUCCCCCCCGACCUGCUCACCCUCACCAGUGCAUGUGUGAAACUGAGAAUGACGCAGCAGCCGCCACUUCACAGCACCAACGCCGGUACGACCACCAUCUCUGCCCCCUCCCCCGUCCGUCCUCGUCCCCUCUCCUCAGACUCACAUCCUGUAUCUGAAACGCAAUACACCGAUUCAGUAGAGGGCGAGAUGUGUCUGUGUGGGACUCUGAGUGUGGCCGUGCACUCUGCCUGUGGCCUGCAGCAACCAGCCUCGGUAUACGUGUGUGUGGAAGUGGAUGGAUAUGAGUUCUAUGAUAAACAAGCCACGACACACUCAUCAAUCCACAGCCUCAACCCACAUUGGGACCAGGAGCUGGAGUUCCAGGUGGACGCGGCUCAGGAGCUGAGGCUGCUCUGCGUGAGCCAGGCUGAUGGAAAGAAUGAUACUGUCUUGGGAAAAACUUCUGUAAAGUUGGAAUCUAAAACCCUGAAUGAGCGAUGGAAGAGACAGACGCUACACCUCGGCCAGGUGGAUGUGACCGUCUCCCUGAAGUUCUCCCCCCACCCUCUUGAACCCCCCAGCGCUACAGCUCCUCUACAUCCUGUCUUCUGCAUCCCCAUUGAAAUUGUUACUCAACAGGAAGGAGUGAUGGUGCCCCACGUGGUGCGCUGCUGCGCCGAGGAGGUGGAGAGGAGAGGCCUGGCGGAGGUGGGGAUCUACAGGAUUUCCGGAUCCUCCAGUGACAUCAACACGCUGAAGAGUGUCUUCAACAGCAAUCUGCGUGACGCUGUAACCAGGCUGAGGAGGGCGGAAGUGAACGUGGUCUCUGGUGUCCUCAAACUGUACUUCAGAGAGCUGCCGGAGCCCCUCAUCCCCGCCGACAAGUUUCAGAGCCUGGCCAGGUCGCUGGAGAUCCAGGACGUAGACUCCCGGCUGGUCUCCUUGUUCUCCGUGCUGCACUCCUGUCCCGCUCCCAACCGCAACACCUUCCUGUUCGUCCUGCACCACCUCCAGAGAGUCUCUGAGAGGCAAGACACCAACAAGAUGACUCUGAUUAACCUGGCUACGAUAUUCGGUCCCAGCCUCUUACGCCUCCCUGUGGCGGAACUGGGACACAUCGGCUCCUCCAUGGAUAUCUCUGUGGAGGUGGUGCUGCAGGUCCAAGUGGUUUUCUGCUACCUGCAGUGCAACAACCUCCCUGAAGCCCAGACCUCUCUGCCACAUGACACAGACUCUGAAGAUGAGACCACCCACAUGUGAGACCACCACCAGUGUCAAAUACUGCUUGUGAAGAAAUAUCAGCAAACUCUUAACACAAUCAAAUUAUUUAUUGAUAGAAAUAUGCACUGUGUCUAUUUUGUCAGUGUUUUAAACCUGAAGGGUGACAUUUUGAUUUAGUGCAGUAUCAUUAAUCACAGAUAUAUAUACACUUCUUUUAUAUGCUGCAUUCAUUCUCACAAACCAGCUAGUAAGAGGCUUUCAAUCUCUAUUUUACUGAUUUAGACAAAAUCACAUUUAAUUAUACAAAAAUCCUAUGUCAGAUACAUUUUGAAGAUAAAAGUCCAAUAAUAUACAUUUUAAGCGUUAUUAUUUUCUAUAAAAGUUCAUUUUAAGUGAAUAAAUAUGAUUUCUAAAUACCAGCAUACUCGAAAAAAAACUACAAAAACAAAACAAUUGGAAAAAAUAAAGUCGAUUUUCUUACCUUUAUUUUGAGGAUUUUACCGGUCAAAUGUAGAAUUGGCCAGGAUAAAAGAAAUAAUUCAUAUUAAGUAAAAAAAACGUGGUAAUGAAUCCCAAUAUGUCUUCUGUGUUACUGUGGUGUAACUUUCAUUAUACGGCAGAUUGACUAGGUGGCACGGGGAGUAACGUGAAGUUAAAAUGUGGUGGAGGAAAAGUCAGGGAUGCAGAUGUUGUAAAAAAGGGUCAGGGGUCACCUCCCCGAGCCUGAAAACCAAUCGGUUACGGUUCAAAUCCAACUAGACGGAGUUCACCACGAAGUGCACGGCCCAUAAAAGUCACUCACACACACACACACACACUGUGCUGGAAGCCAACACACACAUGUUCACGGCCCAUGUUCGACCCAUCCACACCACAGAUGGGGCGUCUCUUUUCAACCGCACCACCUGGGCAGGCCGGGCUUGUGUUACCCCUCAACCUUUUACCCCCCCUCGCUCUUUUGAUCACUAAUCCUGCAGCCCGACUCCGGCUCUCCAGCACUAAUAGACUCUGCCUGGACGCCAUAACAACAUCCAGAACAAACCGAAAGAAAAUGGUGGCUCACCCUUGCUGCCCUCAGAGUCAUAAAUCACCUGUCCCCUCUAACACGCUGGCUGCCAAAAUAAAGUUCCGCCCAGCGACUACAAAGACAAAAUGAGGUUCAGGCUACAGACUACAAAGCCCAGGAAGGCCUGAGACGUCCCAGACGUUUGUGACCAACGACGGGACCAGACGACUGGUCCACACCUGGGGCUGCUGGGAACAUUUUUACAGGACACAUCAGUUUCUGGACAGCACUUGUUCCAUUCAGUCACACACACUGACUGUCUCGUCUACAGAGAUUAUGCAGCCAUGUUAUUUAUGUGGAAAUUCUUUGAAACAUAUGGUGGUAGAGUCAUUUGUAUACACGUAUUUUGGAGAUAGACCUAAACAGACCAACAUUAAACCUAGAUUUCUUUAGGUUUAAGUUCAGGUGAACCCAAAAUUAUUCUUUUUUAGAAACUGGGAUUGUUUUUCAGCCGACCAUGUGCCUUUUUUGAAUCUCUUUCCUCAGCUAACAAGACAUUUGUGAACUUUUAAAUGCCAUUAAAGAAACUCACAGGCCUUCAACAAUGUUUAAUUUUAUCCUGAAUAAUGACACUUUUCAGCAUCUAUUUUACUUACACUUUUGACCUGUGUUUAUCAUGGCUCUUACUUGUCCAAAUGCUACCUAAAUGGUUUGGAAUUUAGUUGAGAUAAAGCACAAGUAAAUCCUAUACCAUAUUGAGUUUUAUAUGUGUGUUCUUUAAAUGAUAUUUCUAUGAAUUUUUACCCUGUAAAGUGUCUUUGAGUAUCUUGAAAAGCGCUCUAUAAAUAACAUGUGUACAGUAUAUCAUACUGGCCCUCCUCAGGUGGAGCUAACUGUACUGUAGGUAGGUUUUUUUUCAUUAUCAAUCAAUAAUUACAGUCUUUUCACAGUUUGUACACACAAGCUGAUCAGAGUUCCCAAUGAAUGAUUGUUUGGGAUGUAUAUUAUCUACAUUUAAACUGUUUGUAGAUGCAAAAACAGCAAUCAUUUGUGCAAAAUGUCGAACCGCUGGUGUGCACAUGCUUGUACUGCAGCAUGUAUACCGUAUGUGUGUGUGAUGGUGUCGCUGCCCGGAGCUGUGCCAUGCUUGAUUAGCACUAAUCUAGCUGGGAGUCGGGUUGCUGUGUCGUCGGCGUGUCUGUAUGGAAGGCAUGCAUGCUGCGGAUCACAGGGAUUGACCCUCUGCCUCUCAGGUUAACAGAAGCCCUAUGUGUGUGUGCGUGUGUGUGAGUCUCGUGAAAAACGGUGUGACGGUGAAACCGGCUGAACUUGGACUUGAGAUCUCGGAUGAGAAACUUUGAAUUGUGUAUGAAGAAAGAGUUUUGAAUUUAGCAGUGUGUGUGUGUGUGUGUGUGUGUGUGUGUGUGUGU